AACAGGAGUGCAUUGGGUCGGUCACACUGGUAUUCUACGUUCUGAUGCAGCCUGUCCUGGAGAAACCAUCAGUCUGUAACUCCCUCAACACGACUCUGCGAUUCAGCGUUGAUUGGGUCACUGGGACCAAAGGUCGCUGAUUCCUUUUGUAGCCUGUGAUUUUUAGACAGAAUGCCUGCUGUACUCUUAGCCUUCUUAAAUAUUUAGUAAGAUCUCUAAUGUCUAAUGCUCUCCUUGUACUAAACCUGGGUUUUCAGUUCCUUCCAGGUCUCCGUGGAAAACUGAAGAUUCUUGUGUGCUUUCAGAAAAGAGGUUCCAAGGAAAAGGGCAGCCAUUUAGUUUUCACAAGUCUGGGCAGUGAGCGAUUUGGAGCUUCCAUCCUUGGCUGACAUCAUGAACACCAAUGUUGCUGGCCUCGAUCGCAAGAAGGGUGGGACUUCGUGCUUAGCCUUCCUGGGGAAGGGCCUGUCCCUGGGUCACGUCCCCAGUGACCACAGGAGGAAGAGAAGGGAUGAGGAUCCUGGGGGGCCUGGCUCUGCGUCCACCCGUCUCUGUGUGGAUGCCUCCUGUGUCCAGGGUGAUAACCGGUCACCCGAAUGUGUCCUUGGGGUCAUUCCUGGCUUCUCCUGCCGCUUGAUCACCCCUCUGGCUGCAGGGAGCCCAGGACGGAGAAGGAGAGACCUCAUUCUCCCUGGGGAAUGCAGGCUGAGACCACCCAUGCUUCUGGAGCAGGGUUUCAUGUGGGGGAGGUCCCUCCAGGGAGGGACAGUGAACUGACGCUGUGAUAUUGCUCAGGAUGGAGGCCCAGGGCAGACGGCGUCACCAGCUGCCGCAGAAGCCAGGUUGCCAGAGGGGCUGUGUCACCAGCCCUGGGGACGCCAUGUUGCUGUGCGUUUCGACACAUUCCCGUGGAGUGUCUGAGGAAAAACAGGGCACACGCAUUCCUGAUAAGAUUGCACCAAAAGGCCAGGGCGGGGGACCAGGCUCCCAGCCUCCCUCUGUCUCAGUUGGGGGCCGAGGGGCAGGGACAGCCAGGAGAAGGCCCAGCCAGAUGCUGCUGGCUUCCCCCAGGACUCUGCCCGACUGGCCUCUCGGUUAAACCUCCUCACCUGAGCCUCUCUUAUGGCGUGGUUGAGUCACACAUGAGAGGGUUUUGUCUGCCGGGAGGGGCUCUUCUUAUGGGACAACAGGGGCGCGAGGUGUGUGGUGUGGCUCUCAGGGAUGUGUCUGGACUCUAUCACGUCUGAGUGUCCCUGGGGCCAGAGUGCUGGGGGCAGGAGCCUGUGGUUUAUCAAGCACCUUCUGCCAGCUGAGGCCGUGACUGUUUGUCCCUUACUGGAGGAGGCUUCAAGGUCAGCCUCUUCUUCCUUUGAUCCCAAGCUUGCCGUGUCUCCUCCUCAUUCCCCACGUCCACAUGAAAAGGCAGUGUUCACAGGUGGGUUGGUCUGAGAUUGAAAUCGCAAGGCCAGGAUUUUCUGUCUGGGCAGCCCCCUCGAGUCAGCCUCAGAGGAGCCCAGACCUCCUGGAUGGCUUUCGGCGAGCCUCCCAGUGGGCACAGCACUCGCCACCGGACACUGCAUGGACUCAGCUUCCACACUGCAAUGGGUACGGCCUGGUCCUUGCACUACCAUGGGCAAGGAGGAACGCUAUGCCUGGUGGGGGUGAGCACCCCAUCUCAUGACAAAGCAGUUCUCCAGGGUCUGCCCCACUUUUCUGUAAACCUGGGGGUCCAGCCCAGUGCAUUGGCUGGAAGGAGAGGGGACGCCUCCUGUCCCAGCUCACGGCGCUCUGCCGACCCCACUGUCCGCCCCAACCUUGGUGCUCCGGGGGGCCCCAAUGCCAUAGAUGCACUUCAUGGGGAGCAACUGGGGCUGUUCCUGAGGACCAAGAUGGGCAGAGACCCUAAAGACGUCCAUGGAUUGACCCCUGCUCUCUGUGGCCCCUGCCUGGCUGGCCUCCCCUCCUCACACUCUCCACAGCUCUCAUGCAACACAGCGCCUCUAAAAAUGCUGUCCUGAAAAUGUGCGCUUUGGGGAAGAGCAGCUUCCUCCUCUUCGACCAAGUUCGGGUCCCUUCUACCCUUCAGUGGCUGUAGGCAGUCGGUGAGGGUCCUGGACGGGGUGGGCUGGGGGCAGGGAGGGGCGCUGUGGGCUUUGGUUGCUCAGGGCUCCUGGCAGACACACCAACCUGGUGUGUUUGGAAAUGCACCUGGAUGUGUGCUGACCUCUGUGUGGAGGACCACGGGUGUGUUCAUCCCCCACUGGCUGCACCCCCGGGAGGCUGCAGCGUGCACCAUUCGGUCCCUACGCUGCAGUUAUUCUUGUAUUCUGCCUUGUCACUGGCCUUGCUGCCCAUGACUCCCUCAGGUCAGCCCACGUCUCUGUCAAACUUUCAUCCUCCGCAAUUCUGCGCAGCCUGUAAAUGCUUAAAAAAGAUUGCGGAACAGGUGAGUCACAUUACAGAAAGGACGCAACCUGGAAAAGCACAGACAUUCCUUCCCCUUCUGCACCUGUUAGAGUAAGGGAGGGGCAUGAGGGGGUGGGACCUGCACAAGGUGCAGCUGAUGGAAAUGCAGUCUUCAGGAGAAGCCCUGGCUCUGUAACGGCAAAGGCUGCGUGCCUGGGAAAAAGACAAACGUGUCUUAUCCAUAGACGGCCCCCCUGCCCCAAAGGCUGUCACGCUGCCGUUCAGUUAUCUAUUCUGCAGCGAUAGAACUGGCUUGACCUAAAAAUUCAGUGACGGAAAAAUGUCAUCUAAUGCUGCUUAGUGCAGUCAGGCGGUCAGCAGAUGAGGGCAGAAGGCCACUGGUCUUUGACAGAACACGCGGACGGCGAAAUAACAAAACAGGCAGCGGAUGAGGGCAGAAGGCCACUGGUCUUUGACAGAACACGCGGACGGCGAAAUAACAAAACAGGAUUCAGGCUGCACUGUCAGCAGCGGAGACAAACAAUUCUUCCAAAAUAAACAAGCGAGCUCCCAGCAGAGGCCUGUGAAGUCUCCCGUUCUGCCCAAACCACACACAUGUGGCCCACAGAGGAGGCUGCAGAGGCCCACGGGGCACUCAAGUGGCCGAGUGUGAGACCCAGGUCACCGGCCGUCCUCCCUGUCAGAACAAAAGGUUCAUGGAAAGGGCCAGGAGGACACAGUGAGGGAACCGAAUGCCACUGGCAUUUCCUGGAUCUUUUGUGCCAUAGUCUAAGCAUUUAGAGGAAGCACUGCGAGUUUGCUGCGCUGGAAGCUGAUGUGCUCCCCAAACACAAGACGCAGGACUGGAGGCCUUGCCCCGCAGCUCGAGAGGCCGUUUUGGGACAUAUCAAGGAAGGAAGGCUUAAGCGACACAGGACCUGGCUGACUUACGCACCCGCUGUCUAAAGAUGGGGUGCUGGCCGGUGAACUGGAGUGGCUCACGGCAGACCUGGAGUGACAGUCAUGGGUCUGUACCUGUGUGGAGUCCUCCAUGGCUGGGCUUGCAGAGACUGAGCUGGACUGCAUUGUGCAUUGGCUGGAAGGAGAGGAGCCACUGAGAGACCCAGCUUACGGCACUCUGCCCACCCCAACCCUGGCGCUCCAGGGGGGCUCAAUGCCACAGACACACUCCAGGGGGACAAUUGGGGCUGUUCCCAAGGACCAGGAGGGACAAAUGCCCUAAAGAUGUCCAUGGUUUGACCCCUGCUGUCUGUGGGCCCUGCCUGGCUGGCCUCCCCUUCUCACACUCUCCACAGUCCUCAUGCAACGCAGCACAUCUGAAAAUGCUGUCCUGAAAACGCGCACUCUGGGGAAGAGCAGCUUCCUCCUCUCUGAGUGGAGCGGGCUGGCCCCAUGAGGCGUGAUUUUCAUUGUGAAAUGUGCUUCACGUAACACUGGGGCCCUUGUCACCAUUUUUAAUUGUACAGUUUGGAGGCAAUAAGUGUGUUCAUCAUCACCACCUUCCACCCACAGAGCUUCUUCAUCUUCCCAAACGGAAACUCUGUCGUCGGUAAACACUCCCUCCCUUCCCGCAGCCCCUGGCACCUGCCUUCUCCUUCCUGUCUCCAUGAACCUGAGAACUCUUCGGACCCCACCUAAGUAGAGUUGGGUGGGAUUUGUCCUCUGUGGCUGGCUCGCGUCACUCAGCGGCCCUGAAGACUCAUCUGCGCCGCAGCCUGUCCCAGAAUCUCCCUCCCUCUAACACUGAUUAAUAUCCUGCUGCACAAAAAAACAAAGAUGAUAGUUUGAUACCUGAAAUCUACUUGAAAAUUGGUAAGAAAAUGGGUCUGGCCAUGUUUUAUUUUUCCACACAGUCUCUCCCGACCCCGUGUUGCGUCCUAGUGCAGAGUGAGCACAAAACCAUGGGCUUGUGGAAAUGAAACUUUGUAUUUCCAGUGUCAGAGGGGAAGGGUCUUCUGGGGAGGUCCUGAGCCUCCUGCUGCCUCGAAGGUCUUCCAGUGUCAAACCCCCAGCAGGUGCUCACCCAGACAAGCG